AUGGUCACUUAUUCUGCUUUCUUUUCUUCUGGCCUUCUCGCGCCCUACCAUCCAAGAACAACAACUCCUGCACCACCCUCCUCGCCGAUGCCGAUGCCAUCCAGCACUAUGCACCCUGUCGAUCGCGAUCUGAGCGUGACGCCAACACCCGGCGACAACUCAAAUAAUGUUGCUGCAAUACCCACUGCGAAUGCUGACCGUCCUCGCAUGCGCAGGCGUCGCAGUAGCAUAAAUAUCAGCGUGAACCCAAUGGCUCUUAUCAAAUCCCCGACCCGAAAUGCGGGUAGCGCGCUUCAGCGCACCGGCGUCAUGUCUCCCACUAGGAGUCGUGCAGGCAGCAUCGCAGAGAACGCUUCAGACACUAACAGUCUUUUUGGAAGAUUAAGGAGUGGCAGUCUGAACACAGGCACUUCACUGCGCCUGCGUCGUGCAGUCAAGCGAACCGUCCCAAUCGCUCCGCCCCCUACUGCCCCUCUUCCUGCACUUCCACCCCCAUCACCAUCU